GUAAAGCAGUUAGCCUUUGGUUGCUGCUUGAGGAAGACGAAGUGAUUUGGGGGAAAAAGCCGGGAAUCAAAAUUCCACUGGCUUUGCUCUUACCUUUUCGGAUGAGUUGGUGAUCUCCACUAGGAACUAAAAGAAAGCUGCAAAAAUAAGAGAUCUUUUUUCCUUUUUUUUUUGGGCCCCAUUUUCUCAGCAGCCAAACAAUGGGGCCAUGGUGGAUCGGGAGAGCGCUAUUUUUCCUUCUAAUGGUACCAGGAAUUUUGGCUUGGGGAAAGGAAGGCCACUAUGCGAUUUGUAAGAUAGCAGAGGGAUAUCUGACUGAAGAUGCUCUAGCUGCAGUGAAAAGGCUACUUCCUGAUUCCGCUGAAGGUGAUCUUGCUGCAGUUUGCUCUUGGCCUGAUGAGAUUCGCUUCCACUUGCGCUGGAGUGGUCCUUUACACUAUGUUGACACACCGGAUUUUAAGUGUAACUAUAAAUACUGCAGAGACUGCCAUGACACUGCUGGACGUAAAGAUAGAUGUGUAACUGGAGCAAUUUACAACUAUACAAUGCAACUGACAACAUCUUACCAUGACUCUGUCUUAGAAUCGAAAUAUAAUUUAACGGAGGCACUUAUGUUCUUAUCUCACUUUAUUGGAGAUGUCCAUCAGCCUCUUCAUGUUGGUUUCCUUGGGGAUGAAGGUGGGAAUACAAUAACAGUUCGAUGGUAUCAUAGAAAGACAAAUCUUCAUCAUGUAUGGGAUACCAUGAUUAUUGAUUCUGCUCUAAAGACAUUCUAUAAUUCAGAUCUUGCAACCAUGAUUCUGGCCAUUCAAAGAAAUAUUACGGAUGAUUGGUCAAAUGAUGUACUAUCAUGGGAAACUUGUUCAAGUAAUCACACAGUUUGUCCGGAUCCGUAUGCCUCUGAAAGCAUUAGUUUGGCAUGCAAGUUCGCAUAUAAGAACGCCACACCUGGCAGCACUCUGAGUGACGAUUACUUUCUUUCCCGGCUUCCGGUUGUGGAGAAGAGGCUAGCUCAAAGUGGGGUCCGCUUGGCUGCUACCCUGAAUCGAGUUUUUGCAUCUGGAGCAAAAAUUGCUGUAGGAUGAAGGUAAGGGAUAGGAAUUAAUCUCUGGACAAUCAUACAAAAUGGCUUCAAGUAGCUCCUAGUAUGUGAGACAUCUUGUACCAAUUUAGCUAUGCUUCAACUUCUUGUCAAUGCCUCUAAAAAGAAGAGGUAAUAAAUUUUUUUAGGAAGAUGCAUGAUAUGUGCCAGGAUAUGCCCCCCAUGUUACUUGUAUUUUAAGGUCAACUUCUGAGGUACUUAAAAAAUAGUCACUCAAUAUAAACAUCUUGAGAGUUUGUAUAAAAUAUGUGCAACAACAACUUGUGAACCUCGUGGUUGUUUUUAUAUAAUAUAUGCAAUAGGCUCUUAUGAUCU